GCGCAGCGCGGUUGGCGGUUUGGUAAGCGAGCGGAUGUUGUCUUGUGAGGAGUCCCGGGGGAGGAUCCUAUCCAGUGCCUGCGUUAUCCGGGAUCCCGCUAUUGGUGACCUGCGCCCUACGACACAAAGGUCGCCGCUGCUGGCUCCUCCUCUGCCUGAAGCGGGGAGGGGAGAGACGCUUUCUGGAGCUGAAAGAGAUCGAGCGGGUUCGUGCCGGUCAGUGGCUGCAUCGUUGUGGGGCUUUCCCGCGACUGCCUUCAUUGCCAGGGCGACGCCGGAGCUCUGAGCGGUAAUGGCAUCAGCGGCUGAAGAAUUUACAGUGGACAACAACUUUUCACCUAAAGCUGGUACCAGCAAGUUGCAGUGGACAGUUCCUGCUGAUGCUUCUCCUGAUUCUAAGUGUCCUAUAUGUUUGGACAAAUUUGACAAUGUGGCAUAUCUGGGUCACUGCUUACAUAAGUUCUGUUUCCGAUGUGUACAGGAAUGGUCAAAAAACAAAGCUGAAUGUCCACUUUGCAAACAGCCAUUUCAGUCUAUCUUCCAUUCGGUGAGGGCAGAAAAUGACUUUGAGGAAUAUGUCUUAAGGCCCUCAUAUAGGAGCAUGACCAAGGAAUAUGUUCAAGGCUCUGUUGCUAGUCCUGAUGGGCGAAGAUUUCGCUACCGAACAACUAGCUGGAGAAGGGAAAGAAGUGCUUCUGCUUAUUCUCAAAGAAGUGCUUCUCUCAGAAGGACUGAAACACCACCUGACAAUGGAGUCCUGUUUGAAGGAUUGUCUGCUCCACCAAUACGACAGAGAGACAGUGGAAUUCAUCAUAUAUUGAGACAAGAAGGAAGAUCCUUGCGGAAAAUUCAAGAAUCAGAUAUGAUUAAUUUCAGAAGAACACUGUAUCGUUCUGGUAUUCGUGUUAGACAUAUUCAAGAUGGUGGCCGCUACAGGGAUAUUUCAGCUGAAUUUUUCCGUAGAAAUCCUGCUUGCCUUCACAGAUUAGUUCCAUGGUUAAAGCGCGAACUAACAGUUCUCUUUGGAACUCAUGGAUCUUUAGUCAAUAUUGUUCAGCACAUCAUCAUGAGUAAUGUUACUCGCUAUGACCUAGAGAGUCAAGCUUUUGUCGACGACUUAAAACCUUUUUUACUUAAUCGAACUGACCAUUUUUUACAUGAAUUCAUCAGUUUCGCUCGUUCUCCUUUUAACAUGGAGGCUUUUGAUCAACAUGCUAAUUAUGACUGUCCUGCUCCGUCAUAUGAGGAAGGUAGCCAGUCAGAUUCUUCAGUUAUUACCAUAUCUCCUGAUGAGGCAGAAAACCAAGAAUUAGAUGCUAAUGCUUUGACUGCUAGUCAAGCUCCCUGGGAUGAUGAAACUCCGGGGCCUUCAUAUUCAAGUUCAGAACAGGUUUAUGCAGCUGUGUCUUCUCCUUUAAAUACUUCUGACAGUUCAGAUGAAGAACUUGUAAGAAGUAGACCCCAUACUCCAAUGGGUAUAGUCGCCAAUCAGGACCUAAAUGAUGAUGCUGAUUCUUCAUCGGAUAAUUGUGUCAUUGUUGGAUAUGUUAAGCCAUUAGCCGAGAGAACUCCAGAACUUGUUGAAUUAUCUUCUGACUCUGAAGAAUCAGAAUCUGAGAAAAACGAGUCUCUGAAGAAGCCAGAUCCCAGCUCCAGUGACAGUGAUUUUAGUAGAUGCUCCUCUCCACAUUCAUUUGUUUCAAAAGAUGGCCAAAUAAAUAAAAGUCACUGUAAUUCUGAUACCUCACCUUCUGGUAGGAUACUUAGAUCAAAAAAGGAGAAACGAUCGGUUUCUUCAUCUCCCAGGGAUUUGAGCUCAUCUGUGACAAUAAUAUGUUCUCCAUGUAGUCAUAGAUUGUCCAAAAAGAGAGGACGAUCAAGAAGUUCAGAUUCAUAUUCUCAUGGCAGAGAUGGACGUGAGCGAAAGAGUUUUAGGAAACAUCAUGGAAAGAGACGGACAAAAAGCAGGCGAUCAAGAAGCAGAGAUAGCAGUCAACUUAAAGAUAGAAAAAACAAGAAAACAUCAAGAACUAGAGAUAACAGUUGGUCAAGAAAAAGUCAGACAAUAUCCUUAAGCAGUGAAAGCACUGUUUCGAGAGAGAGAAGCAGAUCAAGGUCUCGGAGCAGUGAUCAUGGAAAAAGAAGAUCAAGAAGCAGAGAUAGGGAACGAUACUAUUUAAGAAAUAAUUAUACAAGACGAUAUCAGUGGGAGUAUACUUACUAUAGCAGAAACAGGGAUGGCUAUGAAUCAUCAUAUAGAAAGAGAACUCUAGCUCAUUAUCCUCGACAAUCUUCUAGUCCGGAAUUUAGAAUUCAGACCUUUUCUGAACGGACAAAUGCUAGGAAGGAAAGUAGUCACAAUGAAAGGAGGCAUUACUACAGUGAAAGGCACAGGUCAAGGAGUCGGUCCAGUAAUAAAUCAAGAGAUGUAUCUGUAGGAUCUGACCGAGUGAGAUGUGAGAAGCCUGGAGGGAAACGAAAGUACAAAACUCGGCACUUGGAGGGUACCCAUAAAGAGACUGAACAAUCUUAUGAAGAUUCUUCCAAAGGAAAGGGAGAAUGUUUUGAGAAAUCUUCCAAGUUUGGUGAAAGCUAUAAAAAUGAGAGUGACAGCUUUUCAGAUAGAUCCAGUAAGGAUAGACACAAGAAGAGGAAAAAGAGAGCCCGGAGCUUAAGCGUAGAGAUUGUUUAUGAAGGCAAAACUACUGAUACAAAUAGACAUCAUAAAAAGAAAAAGAAAAAACACAGGAGGAGACAUAAGAGACAUCAUACAAGUAAUUCUUCACAAUCUUCUCCAAUUGUGAUUACAAUUGAGACUGAUAGUGACAAGGAACCAGAAGUGAAAGAAAAUAUUGAGUCUGACAGUCAUGCCACCUUGGUAACUCAGCAGAAUAAAAAAGAAUCUUCCUCUCCUGUCUUGGAGCCAAUUAAGAGGAAAGAUAGAUUUUCCCUAAAUGAUGGAAUUACUAUGCUGGACAAGGAAUGUGAAAUCACUUCUUGUAACGGUGAUUUGGAUAGUGUCACCAAGACUGUAGAUAAUCUUCCACUCCAAGAAACCUCAAUUGAACAGACUUCUGCUAUGAGAGAGAGCACCUUUGUUUCUGGUAUGGGCAACCUGCACAUUGACAUUGAAUCUAUACAGACUGAACCAUCUGUACACUUGCCAUCUCCAAAGACAUCAGUAAUAGACACUUCUCCAGAAAGACCAUCGUUAAUACUAAGACUGCCAAAACAUCUCAUAGAGAAAUCUUGUAUUGGUCCCGAAGAAAAGACAUAGCAUGUUUUACAUUUAAUUAAGAUAUGUAGAUAUGAAAUUUUCUGGUGAAGAUAUUUUUUCUUCCCUUUAAACUCUUAAAGUGAUUUUCAAGUUAAGGUUUUGUAAGAGCAUUUUAUUCAGAAAGUGAACAAAACUCAAAGAUAAGCACUUUUGAGUAAGAAAAAAAAAAACCUUGCUAACAGUUUAUUUAAAACUUGUAUUCUUUUUUCUAAAUAAAAAUGUAAAUUUUAGAAGUUGUAAUUCAUAAAGCCAUAUUGAAUUCUCAUUCUGGAAAAUAUUCAAUGGAUAUUUUGAAAUUAUGAUUUUUAAGAGAAUUAUUAUGGAGAUUUGCUUACAAAACUAUGAUGAGUAAAGAGUUACCAUUUUUUUUCUUUUCUUUUUUUUUUUUAAGAAAAUUUGUGUAAUUUGAAAAAAAAUCUUUAAAGGUUAAUUCAGACUAUUUUUUAUCUGCAUGAAUUAUUUUGAUUUCUGCCAAGAAGUAAGUUUUCAUGUUUUUUGUAUACAAGUCUAACUUGAUUGCUAAUGAAAUGAGUUCAGCAAAAAGCUCAAUAAAGCAAUAAUAUUUUAACCAAAAAAAAAAAAUCCACAAAUUUUCCACCAUAAUGUUUUUUCUAGCAUAGUGUAACAUGCUUGAAUCAAAGCUCAACCCUAGAAAAUGUUAGCCUUUUCUUUUCAUACUUAAUUUUCAAUGGUCUUUAAAAAGUUACUCAAAAUAUAAUAUUUUUGUCCUCCACCUAAAGAGCUUAGCAUUUAUUUUGUGAAAUAUUUUACCUUAGUUUGGUAUUACAUUUGAUUAUCCUCCAUAGGAAUUCAUUCUUGUCUCAUCCUUGUUUUAUAAUUGAGAAAAUAAUCAUUCAGAUUGAAUACAAAUUUAGAGGUUGAGCAGCCAACUCUAGAUUUUUUAUGAAUUUGACUUUUGAAUAAUAUUUCCUUCAGUUUGGAUAUUGAAUUAUAUAUCAUAUACAUUAUAAUGAUAACCAUAUAUUAUAAGAAUAAUAUAAAAGUGGAAAAUUAGUUUAGAGGUGGUAAUGAGAAACAAAAGCUUAAUAUUGAGUUCAUAAAGAAAAGUAGAAGAAAUAGAGGAAAAUUUGAUGUAAGCAAAAUUUUUAUUUAAAGGAAUGUGUUUUGAAAAUGAAAAAAUUUAAGGGUUUAUCUAGAAGAUAUUUUCCUCUAUCCAUGAUAGUUCCAUGUAAUUUUUCAAAUAAUUUCUUAGUAAUUUGGAUUCAGUGAUACAGCUUUUGAGUAUAAUUUGUGAUUUAAUAACCACCUUAUUUGUCCUUUGAAUAUAUUUCACUGAAAGGUCUGUAAAAUAACUAAAAUUACCUGCUGAAGGAUUUCUUUAGUACCUUUAUCCCUUUGUUUGACUUGUGUUAUAUAUAUCAGAUCUCCAUCUUUUCAUCCUCAUUGGUUUUAAAAGUAUUUUUCUUUCCAAUUAAUCAUCAUAUGUAAUUCUUGAUUUUUGUCACUUUUGUGCCCCUUAGUAACAAAGUUGGUCUUCUGUAGAAGCCAAUAUUUCGUUUUGUUUUAGCAGUAUUCUAUAGACCAUAUAGAUCAACAUACAUCAAGUGCCUACAUAGGGAAAUUGUCCUUUAGAGCUAGAAGAAUGUAUGAUAUGCAUAGUUCCUAAAUGUUAUGGAGUCUGGAGCCUUACAAGAAAAAGAGGAGAUAUGACAUAAAACAAAACUAUGACAUUAAGUGGAAUGUGACUACCUAAAUAUGUAGGACUCCAUAAUUUUCAUUUGAAGUCCAUAGAGGAAGAACCCUUUGAGUUGUCAUAAAGGAUGGGUAGGAUUUCAUUAGGUUUCAGAAAUGAGUAGGUAGUCCAGGUACAGGGAACAGUGUGAGCAUAAAAUGUGUAUAUGAAGAAUAUAAAUUUUUUUAAUUUAGCAUAUGACGAUUUAUUCCAGUUUAUUAAAACCUUUCUAGGAGAUAUCCAUUUGAGGAUUUAAAAGUCUUUUCCAGUUCACUAAUUUAAAUUGUAACAACAUUAGUUAAAAAUAAUAAGUUUUGUAACUUAAAGUAUCUUCCAUUUUCUCUAUUUUUCCCUUAUAAUUUUUGCUUUUGUGAAUUUUCUUCUGUAAUUACUUUAGAAUUCUAAAGGGAAAUUUAACUCUAUAUCAGAAAGAUAUUUAGCACUUUGAAAACUGAAGCAGAUGCUUAAUAUUUGAAUGGAAGUUAAGGAGAAAGUUUGUUCUGAUCCUGGCUCUAAGUUGUAUGACAUUAAGCCAAGUACUUACCUUCUCUAAACCUCAUUUUCCUCAUCUGUUAAAUGAGAAUAUUGAGUUAGAUCUUAAAACUUUUUUUGCUCUCAAGACCCCUUUACACAUUUAAAAAUUACUGAGGAUCCCAAAGAGCUUUUGUUUGUGGGUGGUUUCUUGAUUUUUAUGUGUUUGAAAUUAGCCUGAUAAAGUUUUAAAAUAUUUAUUAAAAUUAUAAUAAAUGUUACAUGUUGACAUGAAUAACAUUUUAAUGAAAACUAUUUUCCAAAACAAAAUUUAAUGAGGAGCAAUAUUCUUAUAUGCUUCUGCAUUGAUUUGUUGAGAAUAGACUGUUUUGAUUAAAGUGUAUGAAGAAAUGCAGCUUCACAGAUACAUAGUUGGGGAAGGGAGUAUUUUAAUAAAUAUCCAAUAUCUUAGUAUCAUGAAUUCAUUUUGAUGUUGCAGAUCACCUGAGAAAGUUGGGAUCUCCAGGGCUCUGUGGACACAUAGAACUACUGAUCUACAAGUUCUUUCCUAUUCCCUUUUAUUUAAAGACCUUUUUUUUUUUUUUUUCCCUAUUUGCCAAUCUCAUCAAAUGCUUUAGUUACUCAACACAAUGUCGUCCUCAUAUAAUAUUGAAAUUACCAAUUACUGGCAUUUAUAGAAUCAGAAUGAAGGGGGGGGGGGGCCUGUAGUCAUUAACUGAAACAAGAAUCCCCUUGAUAUCUCUGAGUGGUGGUUUUGUAGCUUCAUCUUGAAAAUCUUUAGUGAAUGGACUUCACUAAAUUCACCUCUUCCAACUUCCACUUUAAAUCUAAUGUUAAUUAUAUUGGCCAGCAGGUUUUAAUCUCGUUUUCAAUAUUUUCUAUCAGAAAAAGUCUCAUGAACAAAUUCAUUUUAACUGGCAAAGUUAUUUUAAACUCAAAAAUUAUGCUGCCACAGAAAUCAGUUUAACUUCUACCACCCAAUCCCUAUUAUUUCCAGUGAAGGCUUAUCAAGAUGAGUGAAAUUUAAGAUGAAGUUUGAUUUAUGAGAUCCUUGAGCUUGAAGGAAAUAGAACUUUGGGCAAAAAAAAAAGUCUGAUUUGUUUCAAGGAUAAUGUUCAGAAUAGCUUUAAGGCAGGAUCCUUCACAUAAAAAAUAAUCACAACUGGCUAGCGUAAAAAAAAAAAAUUUCAUGUGCCAAGGACUGCUACAGAUAGCUCACUUAAAGCUUACUACAACUUUGGGGAAUAGGUAAUGCUAUCCUUAUUUUACAAUUGAGGUUAAAUGACUUGCCCAGGUCAUACAACUUAGCAAGUAUCUAAAACUGAAUUUGAAUUUCAUGACUAGGUUAUCUAACUGCCUAUAAAAGCAGAAGACCGCAAAAUUUCAUGCAUUGGAUUCAAUUAUCUCAAUGCCUUUUCUGUCUUGCCCUCAUAUCCUUCACUCCAGAGUCAUUAGGCAUGGACUGGUCUUGAACAUUUAUAUAUUGAACACAGGCAUUUCUCAACAUGUCAAAAACAGCUUUUUACCCCAAAACACUUAAAUUGAACUGUCAUGUUUCUGUUACACCUUUACCCAGACUUGGAACCUCAGAAUCACGGUUUUUUCUUUAAUGAUUCAUCUGCAAUUAGUUGCCAAGCUUUACUCAUUCUUCCUCCAAAUUCUCUCACAUAUAACCCUUCACAUUGCCACUACUCAAAUUCAGGAUCUUCUCAUCUUGCCCAUAUCAUUGUAUAUUAUUCAAAUUGGUCUCAUUCUCCAUCUUUUAUACACAGUUUGUGAAAUUGAUAUUCCUUAUCAGUGAUAACAAGUAAUGUUAAACUCCUCUAUUUCAGUAGCUCUCUAAUACUGGAUUAAAAUAUAAGUUCCUCUUUUUGGCAAUUAAAAGCCACACAGCUUGUUUUCAACAGUUUUUCCGGACAUUUCAUCUUACCACCCUUAACACACUUAUGCUUUAAUUAAAGUGAAACAUAUCUAUAUUCUGUUGACUGCAUACAGUAGUCCAUUUUCUGCCUUCUUGCCUUUGCAUAGUCUGUUGCUUAUGCCUGAAAUGUUUUCUUAACUUUUCUCUGCCUUUUGAAAUCCCCCGAUUUCUUUCCUUAGGUGUAACAGUGCAAUUCUAUAGGUUUUUCUUUGGUAUUACUGGUUGUCACUGCUCUUUCAUCAGCCUCUGUCACUUUGUAUAUAAGUAAAACUUUGUAAAUAUUUUGCAUUUACCUGUAUAUAUGUUAUCUCCUUCACUCCUACCCCAGUAGAAUGUAAACUUGAAGGCAAGGCAGGUACUGUUUUUCAUUUUUUUGCUUUUUGAAUCUACAGUGCCUGGUACAUUGUUGGUGUUUAAAGUGCUUGUUAAAUUGAAUUGACUUUCCUAGAGGAUUGAGUAUGAUAGUUUUGACAGGAACCUAAGGAGAUAGCAGCUUUGGAACUUAACCCUCUCUGGAUUCCUGCCUAAACAUACCCACUCUUACCCACUAAUAUGUUCCUGUUAGCCAUGAAUCAAACUUAGGGUUUCAGAGCUAACAUGGUCACUUAACCAACUUUGGAAUCAUCAACUACAGUUCUUCUGAUAAGGUGGACGGUAGACCUUAACGUCUGCACUGAUUAUAAACAGGACCCGUGGGCUAUAUCAUUUGUUAAUGUUCUCCAUGCCCAAGUAUUGCCAUUUGCCCUGUGACCUUCCUGUAUAUGUCAUCUCCACCAUUAGAUUGUAAACUCCUUGAGAGCAGGACUGUCCAGCAUUUCUAUUUGUAUUCCCAGUAUUUAAUAUAGUACUUGAGACAAUAAGUUAUUAAUAAAUGUCUUUUCAUUCAUUCAUAAGCAUGUUAUUUCUCAGGGGAAUUUUAGGGGGGAGAUGACAGUUUGUUAUUCAGGUCAUGGGCAGUGGAUUUGUGACAGGGCUUUGCAUGAUCUGAUAAUUGUCAAUCAUCUAUAAUUAAGUAGAGGCCAUAGCAAAUUUGGAAGUUUUUUCCAAUAAGUUAAACUGUCAAGCUGUAGUAUUCAGGGAUGUGCAUGACAGAUAGCUUGGGGCAGUUUUUAAUUGCUAGUAUUAGCCAUACCAAUAGCUGACUAUUAAAAAAAAAAAAUCUGAGGCAACUAAACAUUCUCUACAAAGCAGAGAAGGGACUGGUCUGCCCUAUUAAAAGAAGUUUUCUCACUCAGCAAUUACCUACACUAAUGUAACCACUGGAACAGUUUAUAUUCCUCAUAAUAGGUUUGAGGGAACUGCUACUCAAGAGGAAAUAAUUUCUGUCUUUACAGUUGCUAUGGGGGGAGGAUGGAAUCAAGGAAUGGUCAGAUGAGAAAAAUAAUUAGCAGCCAUUGCUGACAACUCCUGAGAUACCUGUCACUGAAGC